AUGACAUCAGUAACACUUGUGACGGUGGCCGUUUGUCUGUUCGUCUGUGUAUACGCAACGUUCCCGCAGUAUGACUCGAGUUACUUCGGGCCACACAAUGGUUACCCUUACGGUCGUCACGGGCCAUAUUUCCCACCUCGUAGAUUGGCACUAGAGGGUGCUUUCGGGUCAGUUGGGGGGAAUUCAGGUGCUGGAAAUGUUGGGAUGACUAGAAGUUCUGGAGGUGCUGGAGUCGCUGGAAUGGUUGGACGUGCUGGAAUGCCUGAAAGUCCUGGAAUGUUUGGAAAUGGUGCAACUAAUGAAAUACAGGGAAGUGCUGGAAGAGCUGUAAUCCCAGGAAGACCCCGAAAUGACGCUUCAGGAAACACCCAACCACGGCGUCCUCUUCAGAAACUACCACAGUUGGAAGGAUACGUCAACCCGCAGGACGCCGUAGUCAGCUCUGUUCUCAGAACCACUGACCAGUAUUUCUACAAACCAGUGCCAGUUGGUUUUGACAAUGUCACCACCAACAUUAAUGGGGGAUACAUCCGAGAAUACGGUGUCUUCACAGCUCCGGUGCCAGGAAUAUAUUUCAUCAACUACCACAUACAAAGCAAGAAAGGCAGCGCCAAAGAGGCCCAUGUGGAUCUGACCCAGAACGGAGAAGUCGUGAACUCGGCCAAGGCAGAAGGUGAUUGUGUCCCGGCGUCCAACUCCGCCGUCCUCUACCUUGACCAGUUUGACCGGCUCAGUGUCAAUGGUCGUGAAAGAACCGUGAUUGGUUGUGAAAAUAACGGCUUUUGCAGCUUUAGCGUGUCUCUGGUGAAGCAGGGGAAAUUCUAUGAUCAGAAAGUUGCCAGAGCUGUCCCUAAGGGUAAAUGGUGA